GACGCUGAAUCCCGAAAACAAUACGUCCAAAAACUCUGCGACAGAGUAAAUUACGAGGCCGAUGGCGCAUUGGUGGCCACCGGUAUUUUGGGACACAAAAUUGUUAGUCCCGACCAAGAUGAAGCCCUGUACUCAUUACAGGCAGUCGACCAGCUAGUUCGAAAGUGUGGUGAGAAAGUUCACAAUCGUGUUGGAAAAUUUCGAUUUCUCAACCAAAUUGUGAAGCUGAUCACACCGAAGUACUUGGGAGCGCAGACGUCGCCAGAGGUAAAAGAGCUAUCGAUCAAAUUACUGUAUUCUUGGCAACGAUCAAUGCGACAUGUGGAAAAAUUCAAGGAGGUAUACGAUUCCUUGAGAGAGCACAAUCUGAUAACAGCUGACCCGGUCAUUCCUGAGGACGAAAUCAUGGUGGUUCAGUUGACCACUCCUAAAUUAGCCGUUUUCGAAGAUGAAGAAAAGGCACGAUUACUCAAAGAACUACUUAACAGCACAAAUCCGGACGACCUUCAAGCGGCUAAUCGUCUCAUCCAAACCCUAGUAAAAAGUGAGGACCAAAAGAUGGAACGACGGCAUAAAAGGGCGGAUGAACUCGAUCAUGCGCGGCAGUUGUGUAAACGCCUGGAGGAGGCAAUGAUGGAAAAAACCGCCGAAUGCCUCGGAAUUACACCAGACGUCAUCUAUACUGAGGCAAAAAUGAAG